UUUCACCCUGUCCACGACGACCCCUUCAUCCGCCAACCUGACCCAUCUAACGCACCGCCCCCGACAGGCUUCGGGCGAGAUGUCCUAUUUCUUCCGCUUUCACGACCUGAUCGGGGGCCUUCAUGUACCUAUCGACGAUGGUGUAGACAAGCUCAACCGGAAGUACACGCUGAUUGUCUUCCUGUUCCUCGCGCUACCUAUCUUCACGAAACAGUACAUUGGAGAGCCUAUUGAGUGUUUCACCCCAACCUACUUCACAGAUGCUCAGGCCCGGUACGUUAAUAGUUUCUGUUGGACAGCGUCUACCUACUAUUUAGUGGCCAUCGACAGCGACCAUGAUACCAUUGACCCUCCGCAAAAUCCACCAGAUAUCAGGGUUGGCCCUGAAGAAAUUGACAACAGUGGAAUUGACAUGUACACCGUGCAAAGAGACAAGUUACGGCGUGUCCAUGUGAGUUACUAUCAGUGGUCGCCUUUGAUAUUAAUGCUGCAAGGUGUAUGUUUUCACUUACCUUUUAUCAUGUGGGGGGCUUGUGCAAAUAACGCGGGAGUAAAGCUCCGUCGCUUGUUGAAGAGAGCCUCCGAUAUUGCCGCCCUUCCACCAGGAUGUCAACAGCGGGAAGCGUUAUUAUCUGAAUUUGUGGACCAAUUCCAUACUCUCGUGACCGGAAACGCUGGUUGGUGCACGGAUCCCUCAUGUCGCUUGCCAUUAAUUGGCUGCCGCUGUGUAGCGGGACCGAGUCGGUACCUGUCCUUGUUAUAUAUGUUAGUUAAGUUUUUCUAUUUAAUUAACGUAGGCGUACAGUUUUUGCUUCUCAGCGCUUUCAUGGGAAAAGGCUACCUUCGGCACGGGAUAGAAAUUUUACGUCGACUGACAACGAAUGGAGAAUGGUGGAAUUCGCCACGAUUUCCCCUGCAAAGUUUGUGUCAAGUCCGUGCUGCCAUGCAAGGUACCCUUCGGACAUACGUUUGUAGGUGUGUUCUACCCAUCAACGUUUUUAAUGAAAAAAUAUAUUCUGUAAUUUGGUUUUACUUAGCCAUUAUUCUUCCACUAAAUGCAUUAAGCCUAAUGAUGUGGAUUUGGCGAAAUAUUUCUUGCAACCGACUCGCUUUCAUCAGACUUUGCUUGUGGAGGACAAGACUAGUCAACAUGAGUGAAGUGACGAGGUCAGCCCGGAAGAUUUCGUCUAAUUACCUCGGCUGGGAUGGAGUCUUUGUACUUCGACUAAUCGAAUAUAACCAUGGCAGCGCCAUGGCUACAGCCAUCAUUGGUAAACUCUGGGAAUUCUACUCUAGUCAGAUGAAAGCACAGGAGGAAGGAAAUAGUGAUGUGGAAAUGACACCGAUGCCACCAACUAUGCCUUCUGUGGCACCAUCUACUUCCUGGCACUCUUGUCACGCUGGAGCUUGUCAUCUUAGCCAUUUAAGUCAUCAGACACUACCGUCUACGAAACGCCAGACUCCGAAUAGUUACUGGGGUAAAUGUUCUUAA